UAUUGGGCCUGCCUAAACCGGAAGUGUGAUGUAACUGAUGUUGUCUUGAUGCUUUAGCUAAUUGCUAACAACAAUGAGGAGAGCAGCAAUAUGAACCGAACUUUAAUAUUGUACAGAGCUUCUACAAGGUUGUAACCGGCCCACUGUCACAGCUGGAUGCAGAAACAGCUCAUUUUACUUGCUUACAAGACUGCCUGUGUUGGCCGACAACCUCUUUGCACACUUGUCAGGUGUCAGCAGACGUGGAAGGUGUUUAGAGCCCCCUCAUGCUUUAAACAUCUGCCUCCAAGUGUGCAUGAGUUACGUUUCUCAAAGGAAAGCGUACAUUUCUCUGCCGUAUCACAUAAGAAAAGACUUCUCCAAAACAAUCCUCCCUGUCUUACCCUCCAUCAGUGUUCCUACAGCGAGGCAGACAUGUCAGAACAGAAGUUUUUGGUGGAAUAUGCCAAAAGAGGCACAGCAGGAUGUAAGAAAUGCAAGGACAAAAUCGCUAAGGGCAUCGUGCGCAUCGCAAAGGUGGUCCCGAACCCUUUCAGUGAGUCUGCAGGAGACAUGAAGGAGUGGUAUCAUGUGAAGUGCAUAUUUGAAAAGCUGGAACGGGCAAGAGCCACCACCAAGAAGAUUGAGGAUAUCACAGAGCUGGAGGGCUGGGAGGAGAUGCAGGAUGAAGACAAAGAGCUUAUUAAUAAGCAUGUGUCAGACCUGAUGGCCAAAGUCAAUGCAUCUCCGAAGAAGAAGGUGCAGGCCAAGAUGAACACCAGCGGCAAGCUAAUGGCUCCUCCUGCUGAUCCUUCUCUCAAUGCUCCUCGCAAGUUCUCAGGCUUCACUGCUACGAAGGCUGGCAGCUCGAGCAGCUCCAGCAGCCCGGGACCGUCCUCUUCCCCGGCUAAACCCAGCCAGGGCAGUGCCUUGUCCACCCAGCUGUGUGACCCCAAGCACAAGGACUCCCUCCUCAGAGAGUUCCGCAAGCUCUGUGCCGUGGUGGCUGAAAACAACAGCUACAACACCAAAACACAGAUCAUUGAAAAGUUCCUGAAGAAGGGCUCGGCGGGAGAUAAGUUCCAUGGAGAUCUUUACCUGACUGUGAAGCUGCUGCUGCCAGGUGUUGUGAAAAGUGUCUACAACCUCAACGACAAGCAGAUUGUAAAACUGUUCAGCCGCAUUUUCAGAUGUAACCAGGAUGACAUGGUCCGGGAUUUGGAACAGGGCGAUGUGUCUGAGACUGUGAGGAUGUUCUUUGAGGACAGUAAAUCUUUUCCCCCGUCCUCCAAGAGCCUCCUGACCAUCCAGGAAGUCGAUGCGUCCCUGACCCGCCUCGCCCAGCUGACUAAGGAGGAUGAGCAGCAGACUGAGCUGGAGGCUAUCGCCAAAAAAUGCACCAGUAAUGACCUGAAAUGCAUCAUUCGACUCAUUAAACAUGACUUAAAGAUGAAUUCUGGAGCGAAACACGUUCUGGAUGCUGUGGAUCCAAAUGCCUACGAUGCCUUCAAGGCCUCACGUAACCUGGGUGACGUGAUUGAGCGGGUUUUAAGGAACCAGCAGGAGGCGUCUAAUGGUUCAGGACCGAGGAAACUCCUCACUGUGGAGGCCGCGCUCAUGACCCCCGUUCAGCCCAUGUUGGCGGAGGCGUGUAAAUCUGUGGAAUACGCCAUGAAGAAAUGUCCCAAUGGGAUGUACUCUGAGAUCAAGUACGAUGGAGAACGUGUGCAGGUCCACAAGAGCGGAGACACCUUCAGCUACUUCAGCCGCAGCCUUAAACCAGUGUUACCGCACAAGGUGGUCCAUUUCAAGGAGUAUAUCCCUGAGGCUUUCCCCGGGGGCCACAGUAUGAUAUUAGAUGCUGAAGUCCUCCUAAUUGACACAAACACCAGUAAACCCCUGCCCUUUGGGACCCUGGGUGUACACAAGAAAGCAGCCUUUCAAGAUGCCAAAGUGUGCCUUUUUGUCUUUGACUGCAUCUACUUCAAUGGAGUGAGCCUCAUGGAGAGGCCUCUGUGUGAGCGCAGGAAGUUCCUGCAUGACAACAUGGUGGAAGUCCCGAACAGGAUCCUGUUCUCAGAGAUGAAACAUGUCACUAGGGCCAGAGAUCUUGCUGAUAUGAUAACGCGUGUCAUCAGGGAGGGACUGGAAGGCCUGGUACUAAAGGACUUAAAGGGCUCUUAUGAACCAGGGAAGCGUCACUGGCUGAAGGUGAAGAAGGACUAUUUGAACGAGGGGGCGAUGGCUGACACGGCCGACCUGGUGGUGUUGGGGGCUUUCUAUGGAAAAGGCUCCAAUGGGGGCAUCAUGUCCAGCUUUCUGAUGGGCUGCUACGACCCACACUCCAAGAAGUGGUGCACAGUCACCAAGUGCUCCGGGGGCUACGAUGACGCCAUGCUGGCCCGGCUCCAGAAAGAGCUGGAUGUGAUCAAAAUCAGCAAGGAACCAAGCAAAAUCCCAGGCUGGCUGAAAAUCAUCAAGAACUAUUAUCCUGAUUUCAUUAUUCGUGAUCCGGAGCAAGCACCUGUCUGGGAGAUCACAGGAGCAGAGUUCUCCAAAUCAGAGAUGCACACCGCUGAUGGCAUAUCAAUCCGCUUCCCCCGCAUGACCCGCAUCCGAGAUGACAAGGACUGGAAGACGGCCACCAACCUGCCCCAGCUGAAAGAGCUGUACCGCAUAUCAAAGGAGAACUGUGACUUUAAAGUGGAAGCUGGACCGUCCACAUCCAAUGAAGACAAGGGCUCAUCAGGAGGGGACAGCGGAGGAAACUCCCCGCCGUCCUCCUCCCGUGGAGGAGCUACACCCAAGAAGAACAGUAAAUUAACAAACCAACAACAGGGCGGCAGCAGCACACCCAAAACAAAGGCCAUCAAAUCGGAGCCUCGCACUCCAGGCUCAGACGCACCCAGCGCCAAGAAGGUGAAGAAGAGUGAAAGUGUUCAAAGUAACGGACAAACCAAAACCAAGGCAGCCUCGCAACUGCUGGAGCCCAGGAACGACAAGACCCUGCUGGACAUCUUCAGCGGGGUGAAGCUCUUCCUCCCCGGCUCAGUGCAGGACUUUGACAAACUGAGGCGGUACUUUGUGGCGUAUGACGGAGACCUGGUCGCAGACUACGAUGUCGCCUCAGCCACACACACGCUGGCGGAACCUGACGAGGACAGCCAGGCUCAGAGAGUCUCACCCAGCUGGAUCUGGGAGUGUAUUCGCAAGAGGCGCGUCGUUCCUCCCUGUUGAUGAUAGAAACAGAGACUGCAUUGAUCUGUCUUUAAGAUAUUACACACAGGUGUAGCUUCACUCUGAAUCAACGCUAAACCAUAUUGAUACUGUUUGAUGAUGACACAAUAUUUUUGACCAAGUCUAGAUCAUUUCUGAUGCUAGACGCAGUUUUCUGGGAACAUUUACACUGAUCUUACUUCAUUUGUAUUUAUACCAUCCAAGACUUUUUGUUUUGAACACUCGAAACAAAAGAGACUUGUACAGUUUAUGACUCUGGGACUUCAGUUUUUUACCGCCUGAAGGUGAUUGACGAAGCCAAUUACAGCUAAUUUGUUUGAGUAUAGUGGAAUUUUCCUUUAGAUGUAGUUUUUUAUGAAAAUUGUGAGUAGUUAAAUAGUUAAAAAAGACACACACGAGUACUGUACAUCAUGCAAACCAAUUCAGACAGAAAUGAUGAGUAUGCAGGGUGUUCCAUCAGCACUCUGCAUGUUUUAAUGCCUUUGUUCAACAUUUAGAGGGAUAUUAAACCUUGCUCAUGAACUGAGAAAAUCCAAACAUGUCUGCCACUGGAAAUAAACAAACACUGAUAAAGACAAUAAAAGUGUCUCAGUAACAUCA